GCCGGGGAGGCCGAGGGCGGUCAAAGCAGCUUCAUCCUCCACCUCCUCCAGUCUCACCUCGGCUGGGCUGUUCCGCGGCAACCGGGCCCGCGCUGGACAGGAGCCCCGCGGCAGCGCGUCGCCAUGGGCUCGGGCUGGAGCAGCGAGGAGGAGCGGCAGCCGCUGCUGGGACCCGGGUUCGGGCCUAGGCCGGGAGCUGUCUGGAGAAGCCGGGAGGCAGCAGUGGCCGCGGCAUUGCCGGCGGCGGCCCCGGGCCCUGGGCGGGUGUACGGAUGCCGCUGGCUGGUGCUGCUGCUCUUCUCGCUGCUCGGGUUCGCGCAGGGCCUGGUGUGGAAUACCUGGGGCCCCAUCCAGAACUCGGCGCGCCAGGCCUACGGCUUCUCCAGCUGGGACAUCGCGCUACUGGUGCUCUGGGGGCCCAUCGGCUUUCUGCCCUGUUUCGCGUUCAUGUGGCUCCUGGACAAGAGAGGUCUUCGGGUAACUGUGCUUCUGACAUCCUUCCUUAUGGUUUUGGGAACUGGUCUAAGAUGCAUACCUAUAUCAGACUUAUUGCUUAAAAGAAGACUAAUCCAUGGAGGACAGUUGUUAAAUGGAUUGGCAGGUCCAACUGUAAUGAAUGCUGCUCCAUUCCUCUCCACAACAUGGUUCUCUGCAGAUGAACGGGCCACUGCCACAGCCAUUGCAUCAAUGCUCAGUUAUCUUGGUGGAGCAUGCGCAUUUUUAGUUGGACCCCUUGUUGUUCCAGCUCCUAAUGGGACUUCUCUUCUGGCUUCAGAAAGUAGCAGGGUCCACAUUAAAGAUCGCAUAGAGACUGUACUAUACGCAGAAUUUGGAGUUGUCUGCUUAAUAUUUUCUGCAACACUAGCUUAUUUCCCACCCCGGCCUCCUCUUCCUCCCAGUGUUGCUGCAGCUAGCCAGCGGCUGAGUUAUCGGCGGAGCUUUUGUAGAUUAUUAAGCAAUUUGAGAUUUUUGAUGAUUGCAUUAGCAUAUGCUAUACCACUUGGUGUAUUUGCAGGCUGGUCUGGAGUUCUGGACUUAAUUUUAACACCAGUGCAUGUCAGCCAGGUAGAUGCAGGUUGGAUUGGAUUUUGGUCCAUAGUUGGAGGCUGUGUUGUUGGGAUAGCUAUAGCAAGGUUUGCAGAUUUUAUCAGGGGUAUGCUGAAACUAAUUCUCCUCCUCCUGUUUUCUGGGGCUACGCUGUCAUCCACGUGGUUCACUCUGACCUGUUUGAACAGCAUCACACACCUGCCUUUAACCACAGUGACAUUGUACGCCUCCUGUAUUCUCCUGGGAGUAUUCUUGAAUAGCAGUAUACCUAUAUUUUUUGAGCUUUUCGUGGAAACUGUCUACCCAGUUCCAGAAGGAAUUACUUGUGGAGUUGUCACUUUUUUAAGUAAUAUGUUCAUGGGAGUACUUUUAUUUUUUCUCACAUUUUACCAUACAGAGUUGUCAUGGUUCAACUGGUGCCUUCCCGGGUCGUGUUUGCUCAGUCUCCUCCUCAUUCUGUGCUUCAGGGAAUCCUAUGACAGACUCUACCUUGAUGUGGUUGUCUCAGUUUAAUAGCACAGACUUGAAGGAGUUUAAAAAGAGACUGGAAAUCAAUACUGCAUACUGCACAUUUGUUUGGAGUUGCACAUCUAACAGAAGAAAGGAGACAAGAGAAACUUCAUUCAGAGGUUUUGUUAGGCUACACAGAUGAUUACUUUAAUUACUACUAAGUAAUAAUAAUGUGGGACUUGAGUGGUAAUAAGUGGUUUUUUAAUUAUGUAAGUGGCAUAACUACGUCUGAUCCCUGGGUUGGAAGUGUGAAGUCUUACACAUAAAGCACUACCUAAGUAAGUCCCUCUAUGUUUUGUGCCAGUGCUAACCUACUGAUUGAUUAAUUGUAAUUAUGAAAAGAAUAAAGGGUGUCCAUGAUAUAAAGGUAACUCCUUCCCUAAGUCGCAUAUCAGAAUAGGAAGAAAUGCCACUAACUUCUUUAGAAGUUUAAACCCUGUAUCGGAUUUUAACUUAUAAACUAGCCAAAAGGUGUAUAGAUGAGAGAAAUUAGCCACAUGUACACUACAUUUUUUUCUAAUACAGCCAUUUAUUAUAUGACUUCUUAUUUUUAAUCAGGUCAGGAACCUUUGGCCAUCUUUAUUAGGAUGAUUAAGUGCUUUCCAGUGAUAGCAGAGCACAUGCAUUAUGUCUCAGUCUCAAGUUAUCCUUGUUCCUGUGAAAUACAAUUUUGUCUACUGUACCCUUAAAUGAUUAUAUUAAGGGUGACUAAAUGUUUAAUACAGUUGCAUUAAAUAUUGUAUAAAAAAUGUAAUUCCAUUCUGAUUUUAGCACUUUGUUAAAAGUGAAAUGACAAAUCUCACAGAACAUACUGUGUCUUCAGCCUGUGUAUUUAUAUUUGGUGGCAUAGGAUGUAACGUCCAGCGCCAACUAUUAUUUGCCAGGGUUCAAUUUUAUUAAAGGACUCCUGUUUGGAAAAGACAAUUUCAUAAUAUUGAAACUUUGUAGUCUGUUGAGUGAUUUCUGAAUUAUAUUCCUGUAUUUCAGUUCAGGUGGUAAAAUACCCAAAUCUAUAUGGCUUCCAUAUAUUUGAGAGGGAGGCAUUUUGCCAGUACCUGUUUUAUUUCUGUGGUAAUAUAGCUUUUCAAAAUUUAACACUCAUUGGACAACUCUCAGACAAGUAUUUCACUAUGAUAUAAAAUAUUCUGUGGUUGGAGUAUGGUGUUAUCUCUAAUCACAUUUGCACAAUUCUCUGUACACAGAAAAACAGAACAUUUUCCCAAAACGUCAGGAAUAAUACUUUACUUUUGUUAUUCUCUUCUUCCUCCAAGCCCCUUUACUUUUUUCCUCAACUUGUAAUUGUAUCUUCAUUGUGAGCUAAAUAUUUAUUUACUUUGUCUUUUUCUGGACAGAUACAGUGCAAGCCAGCUCCUUCUCUUAGCCAAGGUGGUAAAAGGAUGGUUAAGGAAAGUUGAUCAGCACUUCAUUCUGUUCAUUUCUGCACAUUGCACACACCAUCACACAUACCUAUAUACUCCUGAAUGCCCCUCCCUUCCCCCUUAGCUCAGUAAGUUCAAGGCUAUGCAUUCUAGUACUGUCUGGCCUUCUUCUGAGAUCCUAAAUUUGAAACUUGAAAAGAAAGAAAACCCUCAAAUUAAACAUCUGACUUCAGUCACCUCCCUGUAAGUCAUCUCCCUUUGUGACUACCCUGCUCACUUAGCACCAAGAACAGAAGGAACUGAAGAGCAUGCUAAUGGGAGGAAGAAAGUCUAGGAGAGUGGACUUAGUUCCAAUUAACUCAGUCGUUCUUAAAUAAAAAUAAAAUGAAGGCGGAAUUCUGGAAGAUGAUAGACAAACAACCACUGACGAUGUCAGUAGACCAUGACCCCCUCAUGUUUAAAAAGCAGAUUGGAAUGAGGGGGGCAAAUUACAAAGCUUUGGUUUUAGUCAGAACUAUUUUCUUUGAGGAGGCUGCUGUACAAAUUUCUGCUAUAGUAAGACUUCUGAUGUAGAACAAUUUAACUAUGGUUAAUUCCACUUUUAACGCAAAGUAGAGAAUAACACUUUUAAAAUAUUACAUAAAUGACUAAUUAGUUCAAAGAUAUCCAAAGUGAGCAGCAAUUAAAAAUUCUUGCAAUAUGCCAGGCCCCAACUAUUGUUUUUAACAUACAUAAAAUAAGAUGAAUCCCUCUAUCUCCUUUGUAUCUAUUUACCCCUUCAGCAGAUAAUUAAUCACAAACUGUAAGUGAUUUAAAUGAUCAAAUUUCAUAUACCAAACCUGAUAUAAAGGGAACCAAAAAACUUUGGUGGGAGGGAGUGUUAUACAUUAAUAUUAUUUCACUUGAAUAUUUCAAAUCAUAUUUGCUCUCUUUUUGUUUGUAUUUCUAGUAUGCAUCCAAAUAGACCAGCUGCUGCCUUUGUACUUUCUAAACAAAUGUUAGAGAAUCUGAAUGAAAUUUUAUAACUGGAAGAACUCUUGACACUCCACUGAUCCAAACUCUUAUUUUAGAAUUUAUAGAAAUAAUCCCAGAGAAGUAAAGUAUCUUGCCAAAGGUCACAAUCCUAGUUAGUGGAAAAUUAAAACUAAGACCCACAUCUUCUGACUCCCAAAACAGUAUUUUUACUUCCUUACAGAACUGCAGCUUAAUUUAGACAUUUUUUAGGUGUUCAUGAAUACUUUUCCCUGUUCAAAAAUUCUGGGACUUAAGAGUAGACUGUCAUUAUUGAGUGAAUAUGGAAAGUAUAGGGAUUAAAUUGAGAUGAUUGGUUUUUUAAGUAAAAUUAUUCUAUUUUAUUCAUCACUAUCCUAACAUCUCUAAGUCUUGGCUUGCAGUGGAAUGAUGUAAAAAGUUUCUGAUGAUUAAUUCAAUCCUCAUAAACCAAGUCCGCAGCCUUAUUAAUUGGUAACAGCAUGCUGUGGCUUAUCAACAAAUACCUCACAAGUUAUGGGAAGGAGCAUUUUUAAAUAUGGUCCAUGGUGGAGGUAUAGGAACAAGACAAUUACACAUACAAAUUCAUUUCACUGGAGGAUGGAGCUAAUAAAAUAAUAAGAGGUAAGCAGGUAUAAAUUAAUUUUUUAUAUUUAAGCAUAUAAGGCCUAACAACCGUAUUUUAUCAUAGGUCAUAUAUUCAUGUGUAAUUAUUCAGGAUGUUUACAGCUUGUUUUUACAAAGCCCUUCUAAUGAGGGAUCCCAGCGAAGGGAUUUCAGAUUGAAGAGAUUAAAUUCCCAUCUACUUAUCUUUUAAUUAGUUUUUUUUAACUAUUAUUUUUACUAAAAUCUAGGCAUACAUCUUGAUGUUUGCAUAAGUUUAAGCUUCAUUUUAAACUCAAGAUUAAAUACAAAUAUAUAGUUAAUUUGCUUUAAAUUAAUGUUAAAAAUCAUUCAUUUCACAUUUGUCCCUGGAAUAAUAAGUACAGGAAUUACAAUGAUUAUACCAUAUUAUCAGCCAAGUGUAAAAGCUGUGAUAUGAAGAAAGCUUCAUAUUAAAAAAGAGAUACAUAGAAGUCUGUGAGAAAAUCCAAUCAGACUUAUUUUAUAAAUAAAGGAAAAAUACAUUUUAAUUUAGAAUUAUAAUCAUACAAAAAGGAACAAGGUAAAGUUUAUUUCUGUACUUCAAACAGUUUGCUAGUCUUAGGAAAUAAAAGCAAUACUUGGAUGUCCUAGAAGAACAAAACCUUACAGUGGGAUUUUUGGGUUCUUUAACAGCAUCAAUUUGGGCACAUCCUGCUCAAUAGAGAUGACUUUUCCACUCAUUAAGCAGAAAUCUUGGCUAUCCUUAGCACUCAUUUCCUUUCAAGCAUCCUUCCAGCUCAGUUGGAACCUCAAAUUGAGGAGAUGACCUCUAGGAAAUAAUACAAGGUCUUUAAGAGACCCAUAAGGAUAUCAGCUCUGGCCUCACAUAGUCCUACAUCUCUCUCCUGAACCAUAGUUCUUUUUAGCAGUUUACAUUUGCCCUUGGUCAGGACUGAAACAAUAUCAGCCUCUUGUUUCACUUACCAGUUUUCUGAGGUGAUCUCACUGCCUAGUACCCUUGGAUGAACCUGAUCUGAGCUCCAUACCUGACAAUCUCCUUAAAUUUCUACUUUCUUGAACUGACUUCCUGGUGAGGCUGCUUCAGCCUCACGCCCUCCCUAAGUUUGCAGGCAGAAAACAGUCCCAUUCCUAACUAGAACGUGAGGCCAUAUAUCUAGGCUUCCCUCUCCUGAACAGGACUCUGGCAUGAUCAGAACCUAAGGAAAUAAGAUACUCCAGGAAAUUUAACAGUUCUCCUUACAGCUAAGUCUUAUAAGUUAGAAUUUUCACUGAAAUAGGAAUUAUAAAGAUCUCUAACAAGUUUCCAUGGUUAUUUGUUGCAUUUUUAGAAUAUGGGCUAAUGAAUGGAGUCAUGGUUGUACCCUGGAACCUAGAGGGUGUCACACAAUAAUUUUCCAUCUUAGGCCACAUUCAGAAAGGGAGGGCAAAAGGUUUCCGCCACCCCAGCAGUUCUGUUCAUUCAAUAACAGAUAAUAAAAAAAUUAAACAUAGUUAAAACAUACGGCAUGGAAUUCAUUUCAGCAGCUUAUCAGAGAGUUGUGGUUAAAUAAUAGAAACCACAUUAGCUCUAAACAUACUAGACUUAGUACACUGUCAGGCUUGGGACUACAAAGGGCAUACCAAAAAUCAACCCGAACCUCUUAGUGACGUAAGAGUAUAUAAGCUCCUAUUGGGCUUCUGAUUCUUAAAGGAGGCUUCUGCAGCCUCAAACAAAAUGGCAAGGAUAGCUUGGGUAAACUUUUAAUUCCCCUUGUUAAAAAUGAUAUUUCUUUUAAACUACUAUUUAAUUUAGGCUUCCAGUUCAGACUGGCUUUCUUCCCACUUACUCAGAAGGAUCAUAGAAUCAAACAGAUGAUCUAAUCCAACCACCUCAUUUUACAAAUAAGUAAACAGAGAGCCUUGUAGGUUAAGUGAUUUGGCUAAAUUCAUACAGCUAGCUUUUAGCAGGUCACCAAACCCUAGACCUGCAUUCUUUCAUAUACAAUCAAUGUGUUAACCAAAAGUAAAUUCUUUUAAAUAACUUUUUUUCAUUAAAAAUUUUUUUUUAAUUAGGUAAGAGAUAGCAUGAAUGUAUAACUAUUGUAAAAUACCCGGUAUGGAAAUGCAGAAAGCAAAAGUGAAGUCUACCUCCAUAACACUAGUCUAAUUCAUUCUCCUCUUCAGAUGUAGCUUCUAUGAAUCCUUUAAAAAACUUUUCUAUACAUUUACAUAUAUUUAUGUAAGGGAUUUUAAAUAAAAUCAUCCAGCAAACUUUUUUUUUAAACCAUGUUGGCGUAAACUUAAUGGGAAGAAGCAGGAGUUUCUGGGAUUCUUAUUUCUCUCCCAGAUGAUCCUAUGUCAAAGGUAGCAGUUGUAUCAAGGCCUAGAUACAUGCAAUUAAGCUCUAUCAUAUUCUGAAGUUUAAAAGUGAAUUUCAAAAUGCAGUAUUUAGUUUUCUUAUUGGAAAUAUAGUUUGUUUUUGUACCACAAAAGAGAAGAGAAGAAAAUGAAUGACCUACCCCCAAAUUCCAAAUUGAUUUUCUUGACAGGGCUUCCUUGGCUCCCCCAUCUUUGUAGAAGCACACAGUGUAGUUCAAAGUAGAAAGUAUAAAGAAUAAGCUGCUGCAAUUCUGUUUUUCUUUUUUAAUAAUAACUAAUGGAGAUUCUGAUAAUCCUUAAUAUUUUCCUGGUCAACUUCCUUAGCUAUCCUAACUUUCAAGCUUCCAGUAAAACCAAUAAACUGUAUUAGGACAAGAAUUUAGCUUCGUUUGGUUACUUCUUCCUUUCCUGUCCUCUUGCCCAUCGAGCUUUUCCUUUCUGGUAGUGUUUUCUUGCUCAUUUCUGGCCAUGCUGGGAAACAAGCUUUGUGAAAAACAGAUUUUCUGAAUUGCUGGCACUGAGAGCUGGCCAAGUGGUUUUCAUGAACUAGAGAGGACACAGGGAAAGAGCACUAGAUUAGGGGCCUGGGGGCUCUCAUCCUAGGCCUGGCACCUUCCACUCUUUGACCUUGAGCAAAUCACUUCAUUUCUCGUUUAUCCUUAUCUCGAAAAUGAGGGGGUUAAACAAAGAUGUUCCCUGAGGUCUCUUCCAGUUCAGAAAUUCUAGUUCAUUUUUAUUUAAAUAUUAGGCAAUGACUGAAGCACUUGUAGUCCGUAAAACUAAAGAGCUUCCUAGCAACUUUGUGUUUCUUUUUGUGCAGCUGCCCUUCUCGUGUGAAUCCAUCCCUGUGUGUGAACAAAUGAAUAUAACCCUGCGCACACAUCCAACCAAAAGGAAAUGUCUCUUUCAGUGUCUAUGGUAGGAGAUAUGCUGUAGAUGCUGUUUAUUUCCCUGAAGGACUCUAUAUAUGAAAUGCAGGGUUUAUUAAAUUUAUCAAAUGCAAUAAAAGAAAAUCUGUCAUCCGAUGUUGAGAUAGCCUCCUGGGAGCCAGGAUGGAGUGCUGUAUUUGCUCAUCAGAAUCAGACCAAACAAGGAACCUGUUUUUUGGUUUGAUUUGAUUCAUCAUGAAUCUGUUUGCAUCUGCAAAAAUCAGACUUGUCACGUAAGAUAGUCCAGCUGAUCCUGAAACUCUUAUCUCUAGAGUUACAGCACCAAAGGAAAGUUGUUUUGUGAUGAUGUCAUUUUUACCCAGCGAAAUUCUGCCAAAAGAGCUAUGCAGAUAUUUUACAGAAUGAAGGCAGAGAUUUAGCAGAUCAGUACACAGGUAUUAGUAGACAAGGCUUCCUUGACACUAUGAUGUGGUUAUAAAAGCUGUCAGAGGCCAGCUGAGUGUCAGGAUGCCUGAGCUCCUGUCUCUAGCAGGCUUGCUGAGCACUCCUGGGGCCAUGGGCAAGUCACCUGUGCUCUCUAGGCUUCUGCUUCCUCACCUGUCAGUUAGGAGGGUUGGGGAGCAUGUUCCUUUUUGCUGAAAAGUUUUGUAGUUCUCUGUUUUACACCUCUUGAUUACACACAACAGAAAGUAGAAAACAAUGCAAAUGCAAUACCUUUCUACCAGUACUUCCAGUUUAUACAUUAUCUUUUCAAACACUCAAGAAACUUCUCUAGGGUCCAGUAAGUUAUAUCUGCUGGGUUCCGGGCAGUUAUAGAAACUGUUUCAGACUCUCAUCAUAUUCAUUUAUUCCUUUUUUCAUUCAUUCUCUUCUUCAUUCUGGAGUAAUCAUACGUGUGCUUGCAAAAGAGAAUAAGAGAAAGAAAAUAUGUUUCUACCCUUCAGUACCUUUCAGAUAUUAAAAAAACAAAAAAACAAAACUCCCCUGAGCUAACAGUUACAAAAGGAAUGAUAUCAGUUCCUUAAAUAUUUAAUUAUACAUAGUAGGGGCCCAAAUAUGUUUUUCAUACCAACAUUAACUAUAACUGAUUUCAAGGAAAGGAUACGUUGUUCCAUUGAGACUUCUGUCAUAGAUGGGACCUGGGUUUUCUGGGGCCAUAGAAGCAAUUUUGUCAAGAGGAAUUCCAAACUUUUCUCUCUUUCCAUAGGUUACUUGUCCUUUGGGGAGUUGGGAAUGUAGUUGACCCCUCCAACUUCCCUGUUCGGCGUUCAUUUCUUUCACCAGCAUCCUCAUUCUGUUUGUACUAGUUUUUCUCUCAACAUCCUCUCAAGACAAAACUUGACAAAUGCAUACACACUAAGAUACAAAUACACGUUAACAGUCUGUGAGUCUCCUUUCUAAAGGAAAUUUGCAUUUUAACAAAGAAGAAAGCCUAAACACCAACAGGAAUUAUUUCUACUGAUAGAAUUUGGAGCAUGAACCAGCCAGAUAGGGAAGGGCUACUUCGGUGGGGAAGCCCUUCAAGUCCUUCCACCUGGGUGUAAACCUAAAACCACACUUGAUGUGUCAUUAGUGAAGUCCUGGCCUCCUAAACCUUUGCAGAAACCCAACGCAUGCUACAAAGGGCAAGCAAGAAUUGCAGCUUCAAUUCUUACAGAUGAUCUUACUUACCACAAAUGUCUCCAAUUCCAAAUUUACUUCUCUUCCACCAGAAAUUUAUCAUUUUGGAAGCUUAUGAAAAUCAAGUAUUAGGAAAAUUCUGCCUCCAUCCUACUAAAUUGCAUCCCUAAAUCCCAAAAAAAAUCACUUCUUUGGCCUACACAUUUCUGUUUAGGUCUGUAAUUCAGUGAGAGUGCUUGGAAGAAGCCAUGAGAGGUGACCAACCGGGUCUGCUCAAAGGAAUCCAGCCAAAAUUGAGGAUGUGUGUUGGGAGUGCUCUGUUUCUUCUUAGUCCCUCCCUGAACUCACUAAUACACAUUGCACUGCUCUUCCUAAUCAAUAAGUUACUGCUGAGAAAAUAAUUUUAGUAAGUGCUUCAAUGUCUCUAAUGGAGCUCUCUCUCUCUUCCUUACUUCUACUGUCCUUUCAUACUUGCACCCCAGAAACCAUUCCAAGGACACCCCCUCUCCAUCCCAUCUCUCCUCUUUUGAAAUUGCACUUACUCUUUUCAGAAAAAAAAAAAAAAAAAAGUCAGCUGAUAUCCUAGCCCUGAUAUUUUAUACCACUCUACCUCA